GCCCUGGUGGGCGUGGCGGCGCCGGCAACAUGGCGGCGCCCCAGACGGUGAUGCUUCCGGACAAACUAAGCCACAAAAAGUACAGGGCCGCCCUGAAGAAGGAGAAACGGAAGAAACGCCGUCAGGAACUCGCUCGAUUGAGAGACUCAGGACUCACACAGAAGAAGCAGGAGGAAGAGGAGGAAUCUUUUAUUGAACAACAAGAAGAGAAGCUGUUGGAGAGAGAGAGGCAAAAAUUACAUGAGGAGUGGUUGCUGCGGGAACAGAAGGCACAAGAAGAAUUCAGAAUAAAGAAGGAAAAGGAAGAGGCAGCUAGAAAACGGCAGGAAGAACAGGAGAGAAAGUUAAAGGAAGAAUGGGAAGAACAGCAGAGAAAAGAGAAAGAAGAGGAGGAGCAGAAGCUACAAGAGAAGAGAGAAAGAGAGGAGGCUGUGCAGAAGAUGCUGGAGCGGGCUGAAAAUGAGUUGGAAAAUAGUGCCACAUGGCAAAACCCAGAACCACCCACGGAUGUAAGAAUAAUGGAGAAAGAUCGAGCUAACUGUCCAUUCUACAGUAAAACGGGAGCUUGCAGAUUUGGAGACAGGUGUUCACGUAAACACAAUUUCCCAACAUCGAGCCCCACCCUUCUUAUUAGAAGCAUGUUUACAACAUUUGGAAUGGAGCAGUGCAGAAGGGAUGACUAUGACCCUGACGCCAGCCUGGAGUACAGUGAAGAGGAGACCUACCAGCAGUUCCUGGACUUCUAUGAGGACGUGCUCCCUGAGUUCAAGAACGUGGGGAAGGUGAUCCAGUUCAAGGUCAGCUGCAACUUAGAACCUCAUCUGAGGGGCAAUGUGUAUGUUCAGUACCAAUCGGAAGAAGAAUGCCAAGCAGCCUUUUCUCUGUUUAACGGAAGAUGGUAUGCAGGACGACAGCUUCAGUGUGAAUUCUGCCCAGUGACCCGGUGGAAAAUGGCAAUUUGUGGUUUAUAUGAAAUACAGCAAUGCCCAAGAGGAAAACACUGCAACUUUCUUCACGUGUUCAGAAAUCCCAACAAUGAAUUUUGGGAAGCUAGUAGGGACAUCUACCUGUCUCCAGAUCGGUCUAGCUCUUCCUUUGGUAGGAACUCAGAGAGGAGAGAGAGAAUGGGCCACCAUGAUGAGUACUAUGGCAGGCCCAGGAGGAGGAGAAGCCCCAGUCCGGCCCGUUUCUAUAAAAGAAAUGGAGAAUCUGAGAGGAAAAGAAGAAGUACCCACAGGGAUAAGAAGUCUCACAGACACACACCAAAAAGUCGAGAAAGACACAGUUCACGAAGCAGAGAAAGAAAAAGGGACCGCAGCCGGGGCCGGAGCAGCCGGAGCAAGAGCCACCGUAGCCGAAGCAGGAGCCGGAGCCGGAGUCGGAGUCGGAGUCGGAGUCGGAGUCCAAGCCCCUCUAAGUUCAGAAAUUAUAGUGGGAGAAGGUCAGGUAGUAGAGACGGAACUAAUCAUAGUCCCAAAUCCAAAUAAACUGAUUGUGUUUUUAAA